UGUACAAAGAACAAUUUGAAUUUUCAGAAAAAUGUCACGAAUUAAGACUCCAACUAAUCAGAAGCUGUUGACCAAUGUUGCGGUUGUGCGAAUGAAGAAAUGCGGGAAACGGUUUGAAAUCGCCUGCUACAAAAACAAAGUACUCUCUUGGAGGGAGGGGGUGGAGAAGGAUAUUGAUGAAGUUCUUCAGUCUCAUACAGUCUUCACAAACGUCAGCAAGGGCGAGGUUGCCAAGAAAGCUGAUUUGAUAAAGAGUUUUGAAGAUAUUCCCAGCGGCAACCAGACAGAAAUAUGCAAAAUUAUUCUUGCCAAGGGUGACUUACAGGUCUCAGAUAAGGAACGUCAAGCCCAAGCAGAUGCAACUUUUAAAGAUAUUGCCACCAUUAUCUCAGAUAAAUGCGUCAACCCGGAAACUAAGAGACCCUAUCCUGUAACAAUGAUAGAGAAAGCAAUGAAGGAAUGUCACAUUGCUGUGAAACCGAACAAGAAUUCAAAACAGCAAGCACUGGAAGUUAUAGGCAAAUUGAAGGAAACCCUGCCUAUCGACAGAGCCCAGAUGCGGAUAAAAGUAGAAACCCCGGUUAAACUUAUUAACAAGGUCAAGAAAAUGCUGAGAAAACUUGAAGUGAAUACUGAGAGUGAGGAGGUGGAGGGAGAUGAUAUUGUUAAACUGAUAAUCUUGAUGGAUCCCGGACAAUACAGGAAUAUUGAACAGCUUAUCAAAGAUGAAACACAGGGCGCGGGAAGUAUUGAAGUCCUGAGUCUCAAAGAAGUCCGAGACGAUGAAGAAAAACUGAAAUAAUCAAAAUUUAUGAUUUUAUAAUAAAAUAUUUUUUCAGAA